CUGUUGAUUCCUCUGCAGGGCAGUGCAGCAUCCUCUAUCCCUUUCCUCAUUUCAGAUAGGCUCAGGUUUGCCUGCAAACAUAUUUAUCAGAUCAGUAAACAUGGAUGAUGAAAACUAUAGUACCAUCUAUGACACAAUCCAAAAACAGAGGCUCUAUGAGGUUCCCGACCAGCCAGAAGAAAAAGAAGUUCCCCAUUACGAGGAUGUCCACGAAGACUCAAGGCCAGAAAACAAUCUAUGUGCCACCAGGCUGGAAACCCAUGUGUAUGAUUCUGUGUCAGUCUAUACCACUGGGGCUGACGAGAGCAGCCGGACCUCUUCCCAACCAGAAGGAGGCUAUGUCCUGCCUGAUGAGAUCUGCUGUCAGGCCCACGAUGCUCAGCUGGGUGAGCCCCAGGAGGACAGGGGCAUCCCAAUGGCAGAGCUUCAUUCACCGUCUCAGGACCAGGAGCUCGACCCAGAAGAGCCUCAGGAGAACAGAAGCAUGAUGGGGGAAGACCUACCUUCUCCUUCAAGAUUUACCGUCCAGCACAGCAAGGCCCUCGUUGCCAGCCAAGACUCCUUCCCCUGCUAUUCUGAUGCUGAUGGUUGGGAAGAAAAGGAAGCAGCUCCCAUGAACCCUGAGAUCAGCCUCUUUGUGAAGGCUGGAAUCGAUGGGGAAAGCAUUGGCAACUGUCCUUUCUCUCAGCGUCUCUUCAUGAUCCUUUGGCUGAAAGGAGUUGUGUUCAAUGUCACCACUGUGGAUCUGAAAAGAAAGCCAGCUGACCUGCACAACCUAGCCCCUGGCACGCAUCCGCCCUUCCUGACCUUCAAUGGGGAUGUGAAGACAGACGUCAACAAGAUCGAGGAGUUUCUGGAGGAGACCUUGACCCCAGAAAAGUACCCCAAGUUGGCUGUGAAACACCGGGAGUCCAACACAGCAGGCAUCGACAUCUUCUCCAAGUUCUCUGCCUACAUCAAAAACACCAAGCAGCAAAACAAUGCUGCCCUGGAGAGAGGCCUGACGAAGGCUCUGAAGAAGCUGGAUGACUACCUGAACGCCCCUCUCCCUGAGGAGAUCGAUGCCAACUCUCGUGGGGAUGACAACAAGGGGUCCCAGCGCAAGUUCCUGGAUGGGGAUGAGCUGACCCUGGCCGACUGCAAUCUGUUGCCCAAGCUCCAUGUGGUCAAGAUUGUGGCCAAGAGAUACCGCAACUAUGAUUUCCCGGCUGAGAUGACAGGCCUGUGGCGGUACCUCAAGAAUGCCUACGCCCGGGACGAGUUUACCAACACCUGUGCAGCUGACCAAGAGAUCGAGCUGGCCUAUGCCGAUGUCGCCAAGCGCCUCAGCAGAUCCUGAACACAGCCAUCGUGCCCCGCCCCUGCUGCAGAAGGACUUGAUUACUCCCACAGGACUCCGGCUUCACAGACUCUUCCUCAUUGCCUUGGAAAACACUUUUUAACUCUGGCCUCAUCGCACUGGCAUCACUGGAAGGCCAGCCUGCUGUCUUUCACGAAGGUCAGCAGCACCCCCAUCCCCCUCUCACAGGAAGCUGGCAAGUAGAAGUGACAGAAACAGUCAACCUCUCAGCCUGCUGGCCUGAUCCGGGUUCAGCAUGUCUAGGGUCAGUCAGUGUCACAGAGCACACAUGUGAGAUUGCCACUGGCCACUUCUGCCAACAUCAAAAUACCUUCUCAGAUGCUUUAGAAACAUGUAAUGCCAGCUCCUUCUCCAUCCUCUUCUUUAUCAGUAACUGUGAGGUCAAGAACAAAGCCAUCUUCCUUCUAAUUGAAAGAGACCCACUCACCCUGUUGGAGAGACAAAGAGAGUGACUGCAGGCUGACUCUGAAGCUGGCUGGGGGCUGUUGGAUGUCUGGCAAGCAUAUCUUCAGUCACUUGCUACUUCCAGCCUCUGUCAUUGGGCACUGAGGGCCAGGUUGGAAGGUCACUUCAGACACAUUGUCCAUUUGCUGCAGUGCUGGGAAUGUUGCAAUGCUGUUGUGCACCUGGCCAACGGUGCCCCUGGUUUUCAAGCAGUCCAGGCCUUGCCAGAAAAGGAAAUUGGCAUGCAAUUCCAAAUGGAGUGACUGGGAAUGGGAAGGGAGGGAGCAGUGUUGAUGCCAAAAGGCCCCCAGGGGUCUACUGCCAAGGGGUUUGCUUGCUUAGUAGUUGUUUCAGUGGAGAUUACAAGCCUGGAUUAGACUGUGCUUACGGGUGAGUGGCUGUGGUCUAUGAGAAAGCAGAUGGGAGUGAGAGGAGGGAUGGGUGUAAAGGAGUUCUUUGUGAAGUCUGAUGUUCCCUGGUUCACAGUCUUCUGUCAUGAUCUAAGGAAGUCUUGGGCCAGUGAUGUCACAGUCAGAACCCAAGAAUUGGCCAAAAUAUCUUCCACUCUCUCUAAGUUGCUCCUGAAUGUGGGUGAAUAGGUUGGAUGUUCUCAGGCAGCCACUACUGGCUGAGUCAGGUGCAGCCUUGAAUGAGCAAGAGAUACUUUCAGGAAGUGGCACCAUCAUGGAAUAUGGAAGAAAAUCCAUGGGCUUUUCUGACCCGGAAACCAUGUGGUGUGAAAGCAAAGAAAAUAUAGACCCAUCUGGGUUAAUUUUCCUACCAUCAGACUUUCCUACCAACUGCCAGAUGAUAAAAAAAGGAUUUUUUUUUUUUUAGCUGAUAUUUCACUCUUUAGUCCUUCUCCCCAAGUUUCGCCUCCUUGGAUGCUUACCCUGCCCUAGUGCUGAGACCUGGGCAGAGGAAACUAAGAAAAAGGAACUAAUCAUUAACUUCCUCUCCCAGAGAACACCCUGGGAGAAAACCCACCCGGCACAGGCCCUCACCUCCAACAACCCUUCCUUCUGUAUUGCCUGUUGGUAGAGGGUGAGGCUCCCAAGUACCGGAAAGCCCCUGGACUUGGCUCAUUUCUCAGAGAGGGCAGGACAGCACGGGUCCUUGCCAUAGAAACAUCAACAACUUCUAACCCAAGCACUCCCUGGACCCACCUCCCUCCAGGGAUCUCUGAAGAAAAAAAGUGACCCAUUGAUCAAAACAGGGGAGGAGGCAGAAGGCCUCCCAGAGCCCAGGGAGGAAGAGGAAACUUCUCGGUAGGACCCUUUAUAAGCCUGAGAAUGCUUUGAAAAGGCAGAAUGAGUCGAUUCAUUUCACCUCUAAUGGAACCUUUUCAGGUCUCCCUGGAAACUUUGCCUCUGGAGAUGUUUAAAAAGGAGAACUGGUAAGGAAACAGGCCUUUUUACUGAAAGGAAAAGCCCCAAACUGGCCUCUUGGGGGAUGAGGGCUCAAAUGAUCCCAAAGGCCUUUUAAUAGUGUGAAAUCCUGUUGUACUCAGAAAUCCUUUUCCAAAUUUGCAGCACAGGCAGAUGACCUAAGAGGCAGUUUACCUUCCUGAGAUUCACAGUUGGGCUGUUCAGGAAAUACAUCUGUGGAGCAUAGCCAAGCACGACAGAGAAAACAGAACGGGGCUCCAGGGGGAGAACUGCACCCCGGAAGGGCUGGCAGGAUUUUAGGGACUCUGAUUUGAUACUCAGAAUUCAGCAGCUGGCAAGUCUUUAAAAAAAACAGGCCAAACCAAUUCAAUAUUGUUCUUUCUAGAUCUUCCUUCUAAGAUUGAGCUAGUUUUACAUAAAUAACAAUAUUAAGGCACUGAGGAGGGUAUGGUAAGAUCAAUUAUAAUCAUUUUAAAGAGAGAAAGGAGUUAUGGAAGGGAGGCCCUUCGGCUACUUAAUUCAGAAAUAUCUUUGUAUUCAGCAGAUUAUCAUGUAAUGUAAGUGACUGUUAACUGAGAGUUGUAGCUUAUGACCAGAUUUAUCAUAGUAUAUUAAAUAAUAAAAAUAUUAAUAACAUAACCUUCUAGUUUUUUUUUUUUUUUUUUUUUUGCAAAAGAGAUUUUUCUCCAUCUCCUCAGCCUCUCUGAGCUUUGGAUGUGACUAGUCACUUGUGCAGCCUGCCAUGUCUCAGCAACACUGUGCUGAGGUCCUUACGUGUCCCAAGAACCAACUCAGGGAGUGCUGAAGGAUUUGCACUUUGGAUCUGUGUUCCUAGGACAGGAGCUAUCCUUGUAAUUGAUCCAGAAUGAGUAUGGAUCCCUCAGAAAGAUUUUCUGUGCACAGAAGGGGGAUUUGUUUGUGCUGAGAUCCUAUUUUAUUAAUAUUUUGUAUUGAUUUCUUGACUUUGACUUCCAAGUCAUUUUUUUUCUGUGGGGUAGGUUAGUGGGAGCCAGCAGAGAAGCAAGAGUCAGACUCAGAAUGGCUGAGCUGAAUUCACCCUCCGUUCGGUUCGGCCUGUCUCUGCAGUUGGUCCAGAGAGAAGGCGCUGAAUAGGAGUUUAGUGCCUGAAACGCUGGGUUGAUGCAGAGCAAAGUUCUUUCAUCUCCUGACAAAGGGAGUCAACUGCCUGAUGAAUUCAGAAUCACAGACAUGAGUAUGACUGUUUUUUAAACAAGGGCUAGAGUCACCUGGCACCAAAACAAAUGACUUGAAAAGUCAGAAAUGCAGUCGAUCCGCUUAUUGGGCCACAUGAUCCCAAACUAGUUUUAGCAUCCCAGAAAAUGGCAAUGUCCUUGGUACCAUUCUUGUGCUAGCAGAGCCAGUGAGGAUCUUGACCUUUUCAUCAGUUUCCUGGGCUGCAUUUCCAGGCACCUGCUGAAUGAACCCAGAGAAGCUCUUCAUAGCACCUAUGCCCUGCGGCCACUCUGCAGACAGACAGCACCAAGCAUCUUAAAAUUGUCACCAGGUGGCUCAUGCCUGGAAUAGACCUUGAUCAUUUGAGAGCCCCAAGAAGCAGCAAGACCUGGAUAAAUAGGAUUAAGAGGAAGGCAGAGACAGGAAGGAGCAGGUUUAUCGAGGGAGAGUUUACAAUCCCUGGGAGAGUCUAUGUCUAAAAUUAAAUCGAUUCAGAAGCAGCAGGGAUCCAGUAGCCCUUCUGUGAUUCACCUCAAUGCCCACUGACCAGGAGUCCCCUCAAUCACGUAGUGAAUCAAGAUGCUGGUGUCUCCCUCCUUGGAAAGAGGAAACAUUAACUCGUGGUUAAAACUAAGUUCAAUGAUUCCCAAGGGAUCACUUUCUUAAUUUUUUAUAUGACUUUAAAAAGAAUCCUAAGAAAGCAUUAGAGAAAGAAGUGUGCAUGUGAAGCACUUCAGUUCUGACCUUAGGAGAACUUAAGUGUUCAGGACCCCUGCACACAGCCCCAUCGUUUUCUAUCCGUUUCUCUUUACCACUCAAAUCAGACAAAUGGGCUCUCGCCUUGUCAAUGCACAUUCUUCUCCCUGGGUCAAUGUCCUUCUCCCAGCUUCAUUUCAGGAUGCUUUCAUUUCAUCAUUAAGUAUGAGCCAAAGUAUGCAUAAUUUCAUUUAAUGUUAUUUAAGGAAAUAGAUCAUAUUCCCCUUGCAACCAAAAGUAAAUAAAAUAUAAUAUUGCCCCAAUAUAAGGUUUGGGCUAAUCUAUAUUCUAUAAAAGCAAUCUGGUUUUUUUAUUUUUUUUUUGCAAAACAUGCUUUUAAGGAUCCAAUCAUCUGAGGUAUUUUGUGCAGAGUUAGAAAUUUCAUGAUAUUGACUGUGCAUAUAUUUAAUAUUAAUAUUAUAUAUUAAUGUUUGACUUUGUCUUACUUUCCUGGCACUGGUUGUUCCAUUUUAUAAGCUGGAGAGUUAACUAAUUUAGCAAAAGUUGCCUAACUUUUGUGAACGAGCAAGCAUCUCAUUUUAUAAGGACACUCCAAAAGAUGGUUACUUGCUUUUCUUAAGACCUUUAACUGUGGUGAUAAAUAACAAGACUUGCUUUCAAGCCUUAAUAAAUGUAAAAUGCUUUUUAAUGAAUAUAUUGAGUGUUUUCCUUAUGAAUCUGACCCAUUAUAAAUUUGUUUUUCAGUCUUGAUUGGUAUUGACAGAUUCAAAUAAAGUUGGUUUAUUUUCAAAUAUUACAAAA